UCAAACUUAUUUGUAGUUUGAGCAAAACACGUGGGAUUAUUUGUGGCGUGGAAUUACGGGUGCUGGAAAUAAUUUUUCGUGAAUUAAGUGACAUAUUUCACAGUAAAUAUGUCGCAACUCUACGUCUUGUAUGAGCAUGCUGCGGGGUUUUCCCUAUUUUCGGUCAAGGAAUUUGAGGAAGUAUCUAUGUUCCUCCCUCAAGUGGAGGCAUCCGUAACCGAUGUUGCUAAAUUCAAUUCCAUCGUAAAACUGGUGGGCUUUUCCCCAUUCAAAACAGCCAUUGCAGCGCUCGAAAAUAUCAAUGCUAUUUCGGAGGGAAUUGCACCCCAAGAUUUAUUGGUUUUUUUAGAUGAUUUUUUCUCUAAGCUAAAGAAGAAGAAAUGUACGCUGGGCAUAGCUGAUGCCAAGUUGGGCGCAGCUAUAACUGAAUCCAUUGGAGUACAAUGUAGCCAUUUUGGGGCGGUACCAGAAAUUAUUCGUGGAAUACGAUUCCACUUUCACAGACUGGUUAAAGGCUUUACCGACAAGUCUGCCGGUAUUGCUCAACUUGGUUUGGGUCACAGUUAUUCGCGCGCCAAAGUCAAGUUUAAUGUCCAUCGUUCAGACAAUAUGAUUAUACAGUCGAUUGCAUUACUUGAUCAACUGGAUAAAGAUGUAAACACAUUUUCUAUGCGUAUUCGCGAGUGGUAUUCGUACCACUUCCCAGAGUUGGUUAAAAUUGUUCCUGAUAACUACCUGUUUGCUAAAACAGCCAAGUAUAUCAAAGACCGUAAAAGUCUUACACAAGACAAACUUGAAGAACUUGAAGAAAUUGUUAUGGAUUCUGCAAAGGCACAAGCUAUUAUAGAUGCCGCGAAGAUGUCAAUGGGCAUGGAUAUUUCUAUAGUAGAUUUAAUUAACAUUGAAUUGUUUGCCGAGAGAGUUGUGCGACUUUCUGAAUAUCGUAAGAAAAUGGCCACAUAUUUGCAUAAUAAGAUGGAAGCCGUUGCGCCAAAUUUGCAAUCACUAAUUGGUGAUCAAGUUGGUGCUCGCCUGAUUUCUCAUGCCGGAAGCUUGACCAACUUGGCCAAAUAUCCGGCAUCAACAGUCCAAAUUUUAGGAGCAGAAAAAGCACUUUUUCGCGCUUUGAAAACUCGUUCGAACACACCCAAGUAUGGCUUGCUCUAUCAUUCGUCUUUCAUUGGCCGUGCGGGUUUAAAGAAUAAAGGACGUAUAUCACGAUUCUUGGCUAACAAAUGUUCUAUUGCUUCCCGUAUAGACUGUUUCCUCGAGAAACCCACAAGUGUGUUUGGUGAAACACUUAAGCAGCAAGUGGAGGAUCGGCUAAAAUUCUAUGAAUCCGGUGAAGUACCUCGAAAAAAUAUUGAAGUAAUGAAGGAGGCUAUAGAUGCAGCCGAAAAAGAAGUUAAUAGUGAUGUUCUUGAGACACAAACAUUGAAAAAGAAGAACAAGAAGAAAAAACGCAAGGCUGAAGAACUGGAAACUGAUAAUGGAAUACAAGACAGUAAAGCCAAUGGCAAUGCUGAAGAAGUCAAUGAAACUGUCAUGGAAGAAAACGGCGAAGGUGAGCCUAAGAAGAAGAAAAAGAAGAAGAAGAAUAAGAAUAAGGAUACUGAAGCUUGAAAGUAUAAACGAAGUCUCGUGAAUUAGGAUAUCCGCAUUGACAAAAAAUAUAUAAAGAGCGAAUGUAUUUGUUGGCUAUGUUAAACCCGACCUAAUAUAUUUUAAAGUUAAGUUGAUAAAAUAUGCUCUUCUUCAGUUGUAUUUAGUUAAUACAGUGUUCGAAUGAGGCGAUUUUCUAGGCAAUGUUAGAGGCGAUUAGAUGAAUCAAAAGUUGGCUGCACCCAACUUCAUUGAAAGCGAUUAGUUGAAAUGCCGUUCACACCAGGCGAUUGUUUCUUUCAACUUUAAAGUUGCCUAUAAAAUCACUAUAUGCGACACCGUGUAAGGAAUUACAAUUUGCAUACUUAUCCAAUCUGAGAGUAGUAUAAGUGACAACUUUUAAAUAAAUAACAAUACUUAUACACUUACA